AUGAUUCGAGUUAUCGUCAAUAAAUGGAUGUUCCUCCUCGCGUUGCUCAUCAUCAUGCUGGCCGCAAUAACAGCUGACACAGAAGACGAGGAACUUCUGGAAGAUGGAAAACGGAAUGUGCAGUUUCCUGAGGACACUAUAGAAGGAAUUCGUCAUGCUCGAGCAAGAUCUAAAAAGAAGAAUAAAGCAGCUCCGAAGCCGACCAAGAAGACCACCACGAAGCCAACCACAAAACCCACUCCGAAACCCACUACGAAGCCCACUACGAAGCCAGCACCUCUCCCCCCAGUCUAUGAACCACCACACGAAAAUCUCCCCGACGAUUUUUCUUGCCAAAAUCUUGGAGAAAAAUAUAAGGGAUGCGAGUACCUGUGUCAGCAGCUGGCGUCGAUGGGAGACCCCCCGAAGACUGCAAAAGACCACAGAUAUCUAAUUGGAGUCGUUCUAAUUGUGACUUGCACGCCUACUAUCAUCAUUCUCUACAUUUUAACAAGAACAAUGAAAAGGGAACUGGACGAAUUGAACAAGCAGACGCCACCGCCCACAGAUGAUAUAAAUGCGAAGAUGCAGGUUGCUUAUGCUGCUGCUCUGAAGGUUAAGGAUCCGAAAAAUCCGGAGAAGAUGGAGGAAGUUGAUGCAUCACCGGAGGACAAGAAACAUGCAACAAGAGCGAAGCUUCUGGAAGCACAUCAGAAUCUGCAACGGCUAAGGACGCAUGCGAAGAAAAUAUCAGAAUAUCCUAAUCUCAGAAUCUCAGAAUCUCAGAAUCUCAAAAUCUCAGAAUCUCAGAAUCUCAGAAUCUCAGAAUCUCAGAAUCUCCAAAUCUCAGAAUCUCAGAAUCUCACAAUCUUUAGAAUCUUGGAAUCUCAGAAUUUCAGAAUUCCAGAAUCUCAGAGUCUCAGAAUCUCAGAAUCUCAGAAUCUCAGAAUUUCAGAAUCUCAGAAUCUCAGAAUCUCAGAAUCUCAAAAACUCAGAAUCUCAGAAUCUCAGAAUCUCAGAAUCUCAGAAUCUCAGAAUCUCAGAAUCUCAGAAUCUCAGAAUCUCAGAAUCUCAGAAUCUCAGAAUCUCAGAAUCUCAGAAUCUCCAAAUCUCAGAAUCUCAGAAUCUCAGAAUCUCAGAAUUUCAGAAUCUCAGAAUCUCAGAAUCUCAGAAUCUCAAAAACUCAGAAUCUCAGAAUCUCAGAAUUUCAGAAUCUCAGAAUCUCAAAAUCUCAAAAUCUCAGAAUCUCAAAAUCUCAGAAUCUCAAAAUCUCACAAUCAGAAUUUCAGAAUCUCAGAAUCUCAAAAUCUCAGAAUCUCAAAAUCUCAGAAUCUCAAAAUCUCAGAAUCUCAAAAUCUCAGAAUCUCAAAAUCUCAGAAUCUCAAAAUCUCAAAAUCUCAAAAUCUCAGAAUCUCAGAAUCUCAGAAUCUCAGAAUCUUUAGAAUCUUUAGAAUCUUGGAAUCUCAGAAUCUCAGAAUUCCAGAAUCUCAGAAUCUCAGAAUCUCAAAAACUCAGAAUCUCAGAAUCUCAGAAUCUCAGAAUCUCAGAAUCUCAGAAUCUCAGAAUCUCAGAAUCUCAGAAUCUCAGAAUCUCAGAAUCUCAGAAUCUCAGAAUCUCAGAAUCUCAGAAUCUCAGAAUCUCAGAAUCUCAGAAUCUCAGAAUCUCCAAAUCUCAGAAUCUCAGAAUCUCAGAAUCUUUAGAAUCUUGGAAUCUCAGAAUCUCAGAAUUCCAGAAUCUCAGAAUCUCAGAAUCUCAGAAUCUCAGAAUCUCAGAAUCUCAGAAUCUCAGAAUCUCAGAAUCUCAGAAUCUCCAAAUCUCAGAAUCUCAGAAUCUCAGAAUCUCAGAAUUUCAGAAUCUCAGAAUCUCAGAAUCUCAGAAUCUCAAAAACUCAGAAUCUCAGAAUCUCAGAAUUUCAGAAUCUCAGAAUCUCAAAAUCUCAAAAUCUCAGAAUCUCAAAAUCUCAGAAUCUCAAAAUCUCACAAUCAGAAUUUCAGAAUCUCAGAAUCUCAAAAUCUCAGAAUCUCAAAAUCUCAGAAUCUCAAAAUCUCAGAAUCUCAAAAUCUCAGAAUCUCAAAAUCUCAGAAUCUCAAAAUCUCAAAAUCUCAAAAUCUCAGAAUCUCAGAAUCUCAGAAUCUCAGAAUCUCAGAAUCUUGGAAUCUCAGAAUCUCAGAAUUCCAGAAUCUCAGAAUCUCAGAAUCUCAGAAUCUCAGAAUCUCAGAAUCUCAGAAUCUCAGAAUCUCAGAAUCUCAGAAUCUCAGAAUCUCAGAAUCUCAGAAUCUCAGAAUCUCAGAAUCUCAGAAUCUCAGAAUCUCAGAAUCUCAGAAUCUCAGAAUCUCAGAAUCUCAGAAUCUCAGAAUCUCAGAAUCUCAGAAUCUCAGAAUCUCCAAAUCUCAGAAUCUCAGAAUCUCAGAAUCUUUAGAAUCUUGGAAUCUCAGAAUCUCAGAAUUCCAGAAUCUCAGAAUCUCAGAAUCUCAGAAUCUCAGAAUCUCAGAAUCUCAGAAUCUCAGAAUCUCCAAAUCUCAGAAUCUCAGAAUCUCAGAAUCUUUAGAAUCUUGGAAUCUCAGAAUCUCAGAAUUUCAGAAUCUCAGAAUCUCAAAAUCUCAAAAUCUCAGAAUCUCAAAAUCUCAGAAUCUCAAAAUCUCACAAUCAGAAUUUCAGAAUCUCAGAAUCUCAAAAUCUCAGAAUCUCAAAAUCUCAGAAUCUCAAAAUCUCAGAAUCUCAAAAUCUCAGAAUCUCAAAAUCUCAGAAUCUCAAAAUCUCAAAAUCUCAAAAUCUCAGAAUCUCAGAAUCUCAGAAUCUCAAAAUCUCAGAAUCUAA